AUGCCGGAAGACAACCCCCAAGACAAUAAUCCCUCGGAGAAUUUUGCAACAGGCAAUGCACCUCAGAGCCUGGAUGCAAAUGCGGCCACCGAUAUGGUCGUGUAUGAACCUCAGAACGAGCCCAGCGAUGUCCCAUCAGAGUCCGCGGCCGAAGAUCCACCUCGAUUCAUUCCCCAGGACGUGCCGGACAAUAUGCAGGUGAACGAGCAAUCUAGACCUGACAAGGGCAAGUAUCGAAAAAGCAUGCCUCAAGAGCAAGUAUAUGAAAACAACGUACCCUGGGCAAACGAUCUAGAAAGCCAGACUGGAAGUCGGGUUCACUUCGAUGAAAGCUCAUCAACCAGGCGCCCAAGAGAGAAAGACUCCAGAAGAAUGGGCUCCCACGGGGGAGACAGUCAUAGAGGAGGAUCUCACAGAGGCGAGUCUCAUAGAAGAGAUCAUCGCAGCACGGACUAUAGCGAGAAGAAAUCUCACCACUCACGAAAAUCUGAAUCUCACAGAUCAACGUCUGAGAAGAAAGACUCUCAUAGGUCAAGCUCUGACAAAAAGGGCUCACACAGAUCGGAACCACGGAGGCCAGACCGUGACCGGAAGGACUCUGACAAAGGAGACUCGCACAAAACAUCAAGGAAGGAUGGGUCUCACAAGAAAAAGAUAGAUGCUACACCUAUCUAUGGACGGCCCUCUUUCUUUGCCGCCUUGGGCCAUGAGAUACACCAAACUCCUUACGUGAGACGUCCGAUCGAAAACCAGAGGAAAGAAAAGAGAAGGUAG